AUGGCCGCCCGAGCGAUGCAAACGGCAGUGCCGGUCGAGGUCCCCGUCAUCAGCAAGGAGAAGGAAGCCCUCAGAGCGCUCCGGUCCGAGGUCUUGCCCGAGGAGGGUUUCCUUAUCCAGUCGCCGUAUACCGAACCGGAGCAUCAGCUGGACUUGAAGACGCUCGACCACGAGAAUGCCAUCCUGGCACAAGCCUUGACGCAACUCAUAGCCGUCCGCGAAGACUAUGCCACUGAGCCGUACACCGAGUCAUUCAAUUGGUCUGAGGUCAUGGGCGAAGUGAGCCGGCUCACCGAGGCUUCCGGAAAGGGCUUCAAGGAGACCUCGUUUUACAUCGUCGCCUUUCUUUCCCAGAUCAAGCCGAGUACCGAGUACAGCCAUCUUGGGGCACUGGACAAGGCCGCUCACGCCGAAGCGGUGGCCAGCGGUGGCUUCCUCAAAUACUGGUUCGGUUCCCCAGACCCGGAGCUGCGCAAUCUCGCGACUUGCAUCUGGAGGUCUCGUCAAGACGCGCUGGAUGGCGGAAGAGGUCCGGCACACCGAAAAGCCGCAGGCUCUACGCGGGCUUUGUAUGCAUCCUGGAAAAUCGAUCAAUACCGUCUCACGAUCCGCGACAACGCCGAUAGCUGGGAAAUCGGUCGGUGGAGCGGCGAAUGA